AUGUCGCGCCCCCUGCGCGCCGAGGCUUCCUCCUCCUCCUCCGCUUCCUCCGGCGCUAAUGCUGCUGCAUCCUCGUCCUCCGCCUCCAAGUCCCCGCGCAGCCAAGGUCUGCUCAUCGACGGCAACCUCAUCAACCAUGACACGGCUGCCGUCACCGCCAUCUCCGACUUUCUCCGCACCUCGGCCAAUGAACCUAUCAGCAGACCCUCCUCCGCAGCGAGCAUGCGCAUUCGUGUCGACAAGCCCACCAGCGAAUCCAUAAGCGGUCGCGCCCUAUACACCCACGUCCCCACUGGUUUCGAGGAGGAUCCCCUUUUACACCCUUCCUACGAUUCCGAAGACUUUGGCUCAUCCUCAAACGGCAAUCGUAAGUCCAAUGCCAACGGCAGGUCUGCACCAAGCGCUCGACGACGCUCGACCCACGACAGCAUCGCAGCCACGUUUGCACGCAGAGGCGGAGCACCGCCCUACAAGAGGCCUACACUCUACUCGCGUGGACGUCUGCUCGUCUCGCAAGCCACCGCAAACGUCUUGUCCAGCUUCUUCCUCUUGCUCGUCAUCGUAUGGGCCCUCUCUGUCCGCUUGCUCGCCGCCAUCCCCAAGUUCUUUGCUCCCACCAUCAAAGAGCAAAAGGAAUGGGACGACCCCAAACGCUGGAACAAGGAGAAACUCGUCAAGGACGUUCGCUACUACGCCGCCAGCUGCGGCUUCGAGAUCAUCAACGAGACCGUCGAAACCCAGGAUGGCUACUAUCUUCGCAUGAACCGCAUCAUCGACCCGCAGACCACGCACAAGAAGCACUCGGACGGCCGUGGUGGCUUCCCCGUCCUCAUCAUGCACGGCCUCUUUCAGUCCAGCGGAUCCUUUGUCACUUCCGAAGAGCGUUCCCUUGCCUUUUGGCUCGCCCGUCAGGGAGGAUAUCAGGUCUUCCUCGGCAACAAUCGCGGAGUGUUCGACAUGGGUCACCGCACCUACUCACGCAGCGAUCCGCGCUUUUGGGACUACAACAUCCGCGAGCUGGCCAUCUACGACCUUCCAGCCAUGAUCGAUUACAUCCGCAAGGACACCGGUUACGACCGCAUCGCCUACAUCGGCCACUCACAGGGUAACGGAACCAUGUUCAUCUCGCUCUCCAAAGGCAUGGUACCCGAGCUGGGCAAGAAGCUGACCUCGUUUGCAGCGCUCGCACCCGCCGUGUAUGCGGGACCCCUCACCUCUUGCUUCCCCUUCACCACGCUCGGCCAACUCGAAUGGUCCAGAUGGAAGCGUUUCUUCGGUGUCCUCGACUUUAUUCCGCUCAUGAAGAUCUCGUACGACUACACACCCGCCUAUCCGUACGCUUUGCUCGGCUAUCAGAUGUUCGCCUUCCUCUUCGCUUGGACCGAUGCGAAUUGGCUCCUCCGACGCAAAGCAAAGAUGUUCCGAUUCACGCCUCAACCCGUGUCCUCUGCGAGCAUCUACUGGUGGGCGGGCAAAGACGGUUUCGCCACGAGAGGCUGCGUAUUGGAUCCUAGCUUGGAUCAGUGGUGGGACGAAAACUUUCCGCCACUGUCCAUCUUUAGCGGUGGAAUGGACUUCCUGGUCCUGACCGAUCCGUUGAUCGAGAGGAUCGAACAGAAGGAGAAGAACGUCCAGCUGCUGAGGUUCAAGAGGCAGGACGAGGCCGAGCAUUGCGACCACUUUUGGGCCGCCGAUGCCGUCGAGUGGUGCUUCCAGGAUAUCCUGGAGGACAUUGAGAAGACAAGAGAGAGGUACCCUGAAGAGUUGGCGUCAGCAAAGAAGGGGGAGGCAGUAGAGGGCAAGUCGGAGGCAGGCAAUGGUAAAGCUCUCGUCGAUGUAUAG